GAUCCAUUCAUUUUCUACCGCUUAUUCCCUUUUAGGGGGCGCUGGCGCCUAUCUCAGCUACAAUCGGGCGGAAGGCAGGGUACACCCUGGACAAGUCGCCACCUCAUCGCAGGGCCAACACAGACAACACUCACAUUCCCACACUAGGGCCAAUUUAGUGUUGCCAAUCAACCUAUCCCCAGGUGCAUGUUUUUGGAAGUGGGAGGAAGCCGGAGUACCCGGAGGGAACCCACGCAUUCAAGGGGAGAACAUGCAAACUCCACACAAAGAUUCUGAGCCUGGAUUUGAAUCCAAGGCUGCAGGAACUUCGUAUUGUGAGGCAGAUGCACUAACCCCUCUGCCACCGUGAAGCCCUGGAGUGGAAGAUUCUACAUGUAAAAGUGUCAGUGCACACUAUGGUGAGUUCAAGAACCGCUGAAAUUAGACAAAACUAUGUUCAACAAAUCCUGAUCAGUGAAGCAUACAAACAGUGGGCUUUCUAAUAAUUGAGAAGAUUUGAGUCAUGUUUGUCCAAACAAAAAUUGUAUCUUUUCCAUCAAUACUUUUUCAAGAAUGCUCCAGGGAGCCACUAGGGCAGCACUGAAGUUAUAUCAAAGGCUGACCCCCACCUUGCAUAUAUUUAUAAUUAGUACUGCUAAUGAAUAGUUCACGUUCGGGUUGAUUCUAUUUCCUGACAACUUGCUGUCAAAGUGGCUGCCCUGAGUGUUAAACUCAGCGCACAAUAUGGGUUAGUGGCUUUUAGCAUUCCUUCAAUAUAUCAUUACUACCUGUAUAUAUUCUCCAACAGGGGUGUUCAAACCUUUUUCCAGCAAGCGCUGUGGUUGGUGAAAUCGAAGGAUGUGCGUUGGAUGCAUUGUGUGCAUUAAAGUCGCAAACUUGUGAUUAGACAUCCAUCCAUUUCCUACCGCUUGUCCCCUUUGGGGUUGCGGGGGGUGGUCGCUGGAGUAUAUCUCAGCUGCAUUCGGGUGGUAGGCGGGUUAUACCCUGGACAAGUUGCCACCUCAUCACAGAUUAGACAUAUUAAUCACAAUUUAUUCUGGUCCCUUACUUUCUAUCAAUUCUAAACAAUAUAGCAUAUGUAUAUACCUAUUUAGAUUUGAUUGAAACUUUGAAGGUAACUGAAAUUGUGCAAGUGAGUUUAGAACAUCUGGGAUUAAUACAAAUGUCUGAUUAAUCACACUUUAAAUCCAUAUCCAUCCAUUUUCUACCGCUUGUCCUUUUUGUGGUCGCGGGGGGCGCUGGUGCUUAUCUCAGCUACAAUCGGGCGGAAGGCGGCGUACACCCUGGACAAGUCGCCAUCUCAUCGCAGGAGUUUUGACAUGAAAAUCUUAAUCUAGCUGGCCCGAAGUACACAGGCUAAUACACGGUUCCUUUUUUGAUAAAACACCACCUGAAAAGUUUGUGGUAGUAAAUCAGACCUUGUUUUUCAACUUUACUUUUUAUUACAUUUGGUGUUAUGCAUACUUUUGCCUUUCAAGAUAUGGAAAAAUUCCUUUGGAAAGUGGUAAGAAACUCGGGAUUUUCCUUUUCAUCACAGAAUCCCUAGAUGGGAUUUAUUGCCAGAUCUCCCUUUUUUUAAGAGCCGCUCAAAAAUCUAACAUUUUUUUUUGUCUUAUUUUAUCGUUAUUACCAACAAAAAAAUCACUACGAGCAGUUACAGGAAACGGAUUAGAAAAAUUCAGAUUUAUACCAAUUGAUACUUUAUUUGAGGGACGUAUUUGACGAUACUGAUUCUCUUUUUUUGCUUGUUUUCAUUGGAAGCGUUCCAUAAGACAAGGGUGGGAAAACUACUGCUCAAGGGCUACGUCCGGCCCGGUGGUGGUGGUGGUGGGGGGGGGCUGUGGAGUUUACAGUUACGGUAGCACAAUUAGCCCCGAACGGGCUAACAUCACGAAAUUAUGGUUAACGUUUUACACGUCCGAUUUGCCCAGCGACUCUGUCGGAGUAUCAGCGCUGGGGUCCAGUGCUCAACAGUUUUGUAUUGUCGCUCGGUCCUUCGGAAGCUACCAGACCGCUCGUCUCCCCAGCCCGGACUGUGUACAGAGGCGCUGAGGGUGAGAGGGAGCUAGAGAGAGCGAGCAGGGGGGCGAGAGAGGGAGGGACUUAGGGAGGAAGAGCGCGUGCAGGUCUAGUGGAAAAGCAGCAAAACGUUUCUCUGCUUGCAUCACGCAAGUGACGUCAAUGUUCGGCCCUCGAGAGCCACAUACCACACCGUGAUUGGUAGAUUCUUUCAGCUCCGCACACAAUGCUGCCAAGCGCCAUUCAUAUAAAACUGUCGGGCCGCACUAACAUUAAACUUUCAUAUUAAGGUGGGGGCCGCAAAAUAACGACUCGCGGGCAGCAAUUGGCCCGCAGGCCGUGUGUCUGAGACCCCUGAGUUAGGGGGAUGGACAUGAAGGCAGAGUGGGUAAAUUACUUAGAAAAAUGGCUCACAUCAUAUCAGUUCUUGUCCACUUAAAAACCAUUUAAAAAAAAAAUAGAUUUGUUCAAACGUUACGUAUCUAUGAAUUGAUUGAUUGAUUGAAACUUGUAUUAGUAGAUUGCACAGUACAGUACAUAUUCCGUGCAAUUGACCACUAAAUGGUAACACCCAAAUAAGUUUUUAAACUUGUUUAAGUCUGGGUCCACGUUAAUCAAUUCAUGGAAUAAUGAAGUCAUUUUUUACUGUGAUAUCCACUCUGACCCACACAUGAUGCACAAACUCUGCUAAAAGUACAUUUAUUGUGUGGUUUAGAACAUGUAAAUCAAACACAAACCUGCAUAAAACUUCUGAGUGAGGACCCUUGUAAUAUUGAAUACAUGGAAAUAAAAAUGGGGCUGUGAAGACACGAAAGAAAAGAAGGACACAAAAUGGAAAAGGUUGACAGGGAUUGUCACUCUAUUGGAAAAAAUUGCUACAUUAAAUGUUUUUUUUAACAACAACAGGUCACGGACAGGUGUGUGCAAAGGUGAAAUCAAUCAUCCAAUUGUGCAAGUGAUGAAGCGUGUGGAAGGAGCCUGCAGCAAUAAAAGGCUGCUCAUUCACCCUUAAGAAAUGACACCAGAAUAUAUUCCUGCUGAACUUCUUUCUCCCAAAUGUACUCUUUGUUAGCUACAUUUUCUUCCAAGAUGAGUUGGAUGAAGUGUUGUGUGUUCCCCUGGCGCUGCUGUGCAUGUGGCAGCUGCAAGAAGGAGCACAGGCCUGCACGUGUCCUUAUGACCAUCCACAGACGCGGUUUUGCCAGUCAGAUGUUGCCAUCAAGGCAAAGGUGGUUUCAGAGGCGGCUGGUGAAUUUGAGUACGACGUCACGUAUGACAUCAAACUGACCAAGAUCUUGAAAGGUCCUAUUAGGUACUAUGAUACAAUCUGCACUGCAUCCUCCUCUGCAGCAUGUGGUGUGACUUUGGACAAAGGUGUAGAAUAUUUCAUCACAGGCCAACGGAAGUCUGACGGGUCGCUGUGUGUUUCAUCCUGUAAUUACGUUGUACCCUGGAAGAGCAGUCACGAUACCCCGGUAGAACAUUUUAUGAUGGGAUGUGAAUGCAAGAUCACUCGCUGUGCCGUGUGGGAUCGGCAGCCCAACUGAGUGCUUGUGGACAAAUGCAGUUGACGAGCAGGACAAACAAUCUGCUUGCAUCAAGAAAAGUGAUGGUUCUUGUUGCUGGUACAGUGAGGAACCUAAUAAACAUCAAACACCCUAAAAACUCCAAAGCAGAAAAUGUCAUACAAAUAAAUCUAUUUAAAGAAA